UAUGGAUGCGGAUGCUGCAAAACCGCACGGGAAUCUCUUGACCUAGCAUUUCAGAUGUCCAACAUUCUAGACACAGGGCUGGACCGUCACACCCUUUCCAUCCUCAUUGCAUUAUGUGAUUUGGGUCUCAACCCUGAGGCAUUGGCUGCCGUUGUUAAGGAACUUCGAAGAGAACCCGUUCCACUUCCGCCAUCAGAUGCUGCCGGUACUGUACUAUGAACUGGUUUUUGUAUUCUUGAUUUCUCUGGAACAUAAACAAUUGCGUACUUGUAGUAUAUAUUCAAAGUGAAUCCCAUUUUCUAAGUUCGGGGGUUGUGAUUACCUCCCUUUAGUUGCCUUCA